CAUCUAUAAUCCACACCUUGUCCCUAUACACCUAGUAAUCAUUCCAACAUGUCGUUCGGAGGAUUCAAGUUUGGAAACUCGUCAACAACCGCCCCGGCAACCGGCAGUGCCCCAACAACUUCAAGCCCAUUUUCGUUUGGUAACACAAGCACAUCGAACGCGCAACCAGCUGCUGGUGCGAGCAACACUGGGGGUGGGAUGUUUGGUGGAUUUGGGCAGAAUCAGCAGCAGCAACCGCAGCAGCCUGCCGGAGGUGGAUCAUCCUUGUUCGGGAGCUUUGGCGCUAAGCCUGCAGCUCCUGCCGCAGGAACGACUGGGACCGGAGGAGGACUAUUUGGAGGUGCCAGCGGUCAGCAGCAACAACCACCUUCUGGUGGUGGUGGACUUUUUGGGUCAACUACUCAACCUCAACAGCAGGCUCAGCAAUCUGGCAGUGGGUUGUUUGGAUCGACAACUCAACCUCAACAGCAGCAACAACAAACGGGUGGUCUCUUCGGGUCUACGAUGCAGCCUGCCCAACAAUCUAGUGGAUUGUUCGGCUCUACAGUUCAGAAGCCAGCUGGUAGCGGUCUGUUUGGAUCAACCACUCAGCCCACUCAGCAAUCUACGGGCAUCGGUCUGUUUGGGUCUACAGCUCAAACCGCCCAACAGCCAGCCAGUACCGGUCUCUUUGGAUCCACAACUCAACAGCAGCAGCCCUCUACCUCUUUGUUCGGCCAGUCGACAGCCCAACUAGGUGGUUCCAGUCUUUUUGGACAGACUACUCAGCCUCCACAGAAUCAGCAACAAGAACUGAAGACUUCUGCCAAUCCCGGUGCUAACACAGGCGCCGACAAAACUACCAAGUUCUCGGACCUUCCAGAAGCGGCCCAAAAGUAUAUUGAGCAGCUUGAUACCGCGAUAAAAAACCAAAAGUCCAUCGCAUCCACCUUGCAGACGGAACCCCUCGGACGAGCUAUCUGGCAAACAAGUCUUGAUGUCAAGUCAGCCACAGAAGAAUACAGCUCCAUCUCGCACACUUUAAAAUCCCUAAAGAACAGCAUAUCUCAACUCCGCGAUAAAAUGAUUGACCAAUCAAGGGAUGUUGAGCGAAUCAAGGAGAUCUGGGACAUAUAUACAUCAGGUGAAGGCAGAAUGGGACAAAUCAGGCUAGGAGCUUACAAGGAAUUCCCUCACGAAUUCUUCUCCAAGGUUGCUAAUUCGAUGGAAGAAAGAGUGACGAGAUACAAAAAGACUAUCACACAAUUGAACCGUGUGGUUGCGUCCCUUUCUUCUGACUCUCAAACAUCUUCACCGCAAGUCAUCGCACAGACCAUCAACAAUCAUCAGCAAGCUAUUCUUGCUCUCGCUGCUCAGUUGGAUCAGUUGCAAGUGAGAAUGAAUGGAUUGAAAGCGGAGUUCACUGCGGACUGGAGAGAUAAAACGGGAUCAGUGAGGGAUCCGUUCGAGAUGGCUAGAGAAGAGAGGAACGUCAAGGUGUAAAUUGGAGAUAGUAAUGAUUUAGCAUGCAUUAUGAUC